CCGAUGUGAGGCAGCCACUCCUGCUGUGUGGAAUGCAAUCUGGUCGAAGGACAUGACAAAAUGUCCAAAGGAGUUCGCGUCGGCCAUAGAAACGUUGCAGAGCCACUUGCCAGGUCAUCCGAGCUUGCAGUGGCCACCUCUUCGAUUCCCCGAGGACGCAGUGCCGCCGCUGGUUCCUCCCACCGCCCCUUCUGGAGCCGUCGCAUCGCCCAAUUCUGGGAUUCCGGCCAUUCGAGUCACGGUACCGCGUCCUGCAACAACAGUUGCAACACGAUCGGCAGCCCCACCGUCUGCGCCGCUGGCUGGGACACGAGAGAUCGGGGUGGUGUAUGUGUCCACCGACGUCAUGCGUGGCAAAAAGGACGCCAGUGCCCUCACGAACGCAUGGUUGAAAAGGGUGAAGUCCAUGGACGUUCAAUUGAGCGACAUCACGGCGUUUGUGACGGACUCCGCCGGGGUGAACGUCGCCCACAUCAUGGAUCUCAUUCUUGAGGACAUCGGCGGGAUUGAUUGGGUGGCUUCCCGCAUUUCUCAAGCGAGGCUGGUUACAAGGUUCUUCAAGCGUCAUGGACAUGCGAGAGAGGUUCUUGAGGCGCACUCGACGAAGACUCUUCUGCUACCGGCGGAGACGCGUUUCGGCACAAACGUCAUCAUGAUGGAGAGGCUGGUGGCACUGCGGGCCGCGUUGACAGAUGUUAUGGCCGACGAUUGCUGGCGCGAGACUGUUUGGUCGACCAGCAAGAUCCGCAAGGAUGCAGCGGAGGUCACUGCAUGUAUUGGCUCCCCUCCAUGGUGGGAGGAUUUGAUAGCUCUGUGCAAGAUGCUAGAGCCCAUCAUGGGCAUGCUGAAGUUGGUGGACAGCGACACACGCCAGAUUAGCAAGAUUCUACGACGUUACGAGGAAAUGAUUGCAUCUUGUUUAUCCGCAUGUCGUGACAUUGAUCGGGAGCAGCAGGACGCUAUUGUGGAGGUGUUCCACAGGCGGCGCACCAUGUUCAAGACCCCCGCCCACACGGCAGCCAUGCUGCUAGAUCCAGAGUUCCAGGACGCGACGCUUUAUGACGAUGCGGAGGUGCAGCAGGCCCUGGUCGAGGCCCUUGUCCACGGGUGCCGUGGCGAUAGGGUUGACGAGCGUGUGGACGGCGAUUUUAUGCCCCGUGGUCGCUACGUUUUGAAGCGGUUGAGACACGGGGGUAGGCGAGAUGACAGUAUUGCAUCUCGUGUACGCAGACGUCGUAUCCACAUUGCGAUCCACACGGGGGCACGUGACAUGCGGCAGGACCCGGUUGCCGUGUCAGAGGACGAGAUGGGAGAUCCUUCCAACGAGACCCAGCGCGACCCGGUUCAUGCAGAGGAGCUAGCCUCGAACACUGAUGUGAUAGUGACGGAGGAGGAUACAGGGUUCAGGAUCACUCAUCCCCGGUUGCCAGCGCCGGUUGUUGGCACAGAGGAGGAGACGGAGUUCGGAGGACCCGGUCCACUUCGCCAGGCACGAGAUGACGCGCGUCGUGAUAGAGGGUUCGACGAGUUCGGCGGCGACACGAUACUGCAUCCUCCAGAGUCCGGCACUCCCGCCAUUUUUCAUGUCGGUGCACCGUGGGCGGUGGAGCAGGGGUUGGCGGAGGAGGUAGCACGGAACCAUCGUGGUGGACCGCACGUCGCAGCUCAACGUAGUUUGGAAGGUUCACUAAAGGCAGCGUCUGGAGAUUUUUUGGCGCAGGGGGGUCAUGGUUCGCAGCUGUUAUCGGAAGGCGUGUCAUUAGUCCAUCCACCAGAGGAGGGCCUGCAGCAAGAGCCACAUCGAGGGCCAGCGGAGACUUUAGAGGCGAGGCCUCCCGGAGUUAUCCGCUCGGACGGAGGCGAGGGCGUGAGCGAGGAUACAGCGCAGCCAGGGAGCGCAGAUGGUGGACGGUCCUUUAGGGGGGGCAUCGAGCGUAGAGGGUCAUCGACCGCACACCCCAGCAUUGUUAGGCCCAGCACACAUGACGUUGGAAACGGGCACACAGAUGAGCCUCGACCGCAUUUGACGGGGAUGCGUGACAUUAUGUGUCCACCACCCUCACGCCCCUCUGCCGCUGAUCCUGCCGCCCACGGGCAGGCCGCGCCGAGCGCAUUGCCUACGAGGUCUUUCUACGACAGUGCGGGCAUGGACCGGAGGGCGGGUGAUAUCGGACAGACAUCAGCAUAUGGACCGGCAGAUGUGCCCGCGGGGGCGCGAUCGAUCGGCAACGUCGAUGGCACUUGUCAUGAUUCCAUGAGAGCUUACGAGGAGCAACAUGGGAGGCCUAUACGGGCCAAGACGAGCGAUGUCAACGACACCAGGACGGCAACUGCGAGGCUGUCACGGGUGAGGAAGAAGGGAACAGGUGUGUCGAUUCCGUAUCACCGGCGCCGCCUGCAUCCUUUUUUCCGCAACAAGGACAAGACCAGACAGAUACCAGCUGCCACAGAUGGACAGGGGGGGGUGGAGGGAGGUGACAGAGUGGACGAAGCAGGUCGAGUGCGCAGUGAAAUCAAACGCGGAACCGACGAUUGGAUGUUUGUCGUCAGUCAGCAUCAGUGCCUCGUCAACCUGCGACAUGGCAUGUGCUAGCGCCCUCUCUUGCUACGCGUGCGCUAGGCCCCCGUAUGAUAGGGCUCAUUCAGACUGUGAGCAGAAUUGCCCACCAAUUG